CAGAGCCCACUGUCCGCGAUUAACAAAAUAAUAAUAAUUUUAAUAUUUUAUUUCUGUUCCCGCCUAAAUACAUCCACAGCGGCUCUACUUUUCUGAAUCUUCUCCAUCAUCUUCAUCAUUUUUUUUUUUCUCAAUCAGACCUCGCAAGAUGAAGAAGGAAGAUCCUGAUCCAGUCAAAGCUUUCGCGACAUUUCUAAUACGCCGUCGUUCCGAAGAACUCCACUCCAUCACUCUCUCUCCCGAUACCAAGCUCCAUUACCCUCUUUAUGUCGAUUUCGCAGAGCUAAUGGAUGAUAAUCCUGGGCUCGCUCGCCUCGUUUUCUCACAACCCAUCCAGUAUUUGCAGCUUUUCGACCAGGCAGCCGUUUGGGCUCAUAAAGUGAUAUUGGAGGAUUUGAAAGGUUCCAACCAAGGGAUUAAGAAGGAAUUCAUUCAUGUUAGGAUCGAUAUCGGCGGUUCCCCACUUGAAUGCCCAGAGACUUUUCCUCGAAUCGGAAGUGUGAGAGUUAAGCAUCGUGGGAUUCUUCUCACACUUAAAGGGACAGUAAUCCGGUCUGGCGCCAUAAAAAUGUAUGAAGGAGAGAGGUGGUAUAUGUGCCAGAAAUGUCAGCACAAAUUCCUAAUUUUUCCAGAGAUAGAGACCAGAAACUCCAUAAAACUACCAUCCCAUUGCCCUUCUCAGAGUUCUAAACCCUGUGGAGGAACAAAGUUCAAAUAUUUAGAAGGUUCUAUAAUAUGCCAUGAUUAUCAGGAAAUCAAAAUCCAAGAGAGUACACGUUUACUGGGUGUUGGAGCCAUUCCUCGUUCAAUCGCUGUCAUUCUAAAAGAUGAUCUUGUCGAUAUUGUUAAAGCUGGAGAUGACGUUGUAGUUACUGGAAUCUUAACUGCAAAAUGGUCUCCUGAUGUAAAAGAUGUCCGCUGUGACCUUGAUCCAGUAUUGAUUGCAAAUAAUGUGAGGAGAACUAAUGAGCUGAAAUCAGCCAUUGACAUUCCUGAUGAUGUUAUUACACAAUUCAAGCAAUUCUGGUCGAGCUUCAGAGAUACCCCUUUGGAAGGGAGAAAUGCCAUCCUGCGAGGUAUUUGCCCUCAAGUUUUUGGGCUCUUCACUGUAAAGCUUGCAGUUGCACUAACACUUAUUGGAGGUGUGCAACAUGUUGAUGCUUCUGGGACAAAGGUACGAGGAGAAUCUCAUUUACUUCUUGUUGAUGAUCCAGGCACUGGGAAGUCUCAGUUUCUGAAAUUUGCUGCUAAGUUAAGCAACCGAUCUGUUAUUACUACUGGCUUAGGAAGCACAAGCGCUGGAUUAACUGUCACUGCAGUGAAGGAUGGAGGAGAAUGGAUGUUGGAAGCUGGGGCUCUUGUUUUAGCCGAUGGAGGGCUUUGUUGCAUAGAUGAAUUUGAUAGCAUGAGAGAACACGAUAGGGCAACCAUACACGAAGCAAUGGAGCAGCAGACCAUAAGUGUUGCCAAGGCUGGUCUUGUGACAACUCUAAAUACUAGGACAAUUGUUUUUGGUGCCACAAAUCCCAAGGGACAUUAUGAUCCUGAUCAAUCCUUGUCUGUCAAUACUGCACUUUCUGGACCGUUAUUGAGCAGAUUUGAUAUUGUCCUCGUCCUUUUGGAUACAAAGAAUCCUGAAUGGGAUAGAGUUGUGUCAUCUCACAUUCUUUCUGAGGGAGAACCAGAUGAAGAUGAACAGGCUGGAGACUUAUCAGACAUCUGGCCCUUUUCCAUGCUUCGGAGGUACAUUCACUUUGUUAAAGGAUACUUUAGGCCUGUCCUUACUAAGGAGGCUGAAAAAGUUAUCUCAAGCUAUUAUCAAUUACAAAGAAGAUCGGCAACGCAGAAUGCAGCUAGGACGACUGUGCGCAUGCUUGAAAGUUUGAUACGCCUAGCUCAGGCACAUGCAAGACUAAUGUUCAGAAAUGAGGUCACUCGGUUAGAUGCCAUUACAGCCAUUUUAUGCAUUGAAUCAUCCAUGACUACCUCAGCCAUCGUGGACAGCAUUGGCAAUGCCCUGCACUCAAAUUUCACUGAAAACCCUGAUAUGGAAUACACAAAGCAAGAGAAUCUGAUCCUUGAAAGGUUAGGAUCCUUCAAUGAAUUCCCUGAAGGUACGGAAAGCUUGAACAGAUAAGAUUGAAUGGAAAUCAAAGGCAGAUCAACGAUAAGGUCACACCAGGAAACUUACAUGACCACGAUGCAUAGUCUAACACGACCGUAUUUUGGAAUGGGAAAUGGGAAAAUUUCUUUCCCACUCAUGAAUGAGGCUAAUAUACUGGUUGAUUUUGCAGCAGUUUUGUAUGUUAACAGAAAUCUUGCAUGAUAUUUUGUUUUGUAAAAUUAUAAGACGCUGAAAAAAUUUUAAAUUAAAACGCUCUUAUGAAGAAUUGUUAUAUUGAAAGUCUACGAAUACAAUCACAUUUCUAAAUA